CAAGCGCUAAAGCUGUUUUAGUUAAAAGUUUUUGUAAUAAAAACGCUUUAAUACUCAAGAAUUCAAAUGUAAAUUUAUUAUUUGGUUAUUAUUAAAUUUAUUAUUGGUUUUUGUUGUUUGUCGUCGUCAUCUUGUAUAGGCUGAAAUGCAGAUGAGUGCUUACUUCGUAAGAGCGUGUUGAAAAUCUGUUUGAUUAUUCAUUUAAAAUCUAUGUUAAUAAACAUUUUUUGUUUAAAAAUCGCUAAUACAUAAAUUGGUUAUGUUUUAUAUAUAAACAUUUUAUAUAUGAGUGGUUAAAUGGCUGAAUGGUUUUUUAAAACAAUGGCAAAUUUAUUUAAAAAAGAUAAAAUACCUGAUGAUUCACAACCGUCUCCGAUUGAAAUUCUACCCAACGAAGUCCUGGAGAAAAUAUUCAUCAUACUCUCUGGUCGAGAAGUGUGCCAAGUCGUGACCAUGAUUUGCAAAAGAUGGCAUGCAAUAGUCGAUGCUGAAAAUUUCUGGAUCGAAAAGUGUCUGCGUGAAAAAAAACUAGUAAAAUAUAAUCUCCGCAUAUUUUAUGAAAAUCCAACAAUAAAAGUAAAACACUUAUUUUUUUAACAAGUUCGAAAAAAAUCUGCUUAAAAACUCUUGUGGAAAAAAUCAAAUGAACCAUUGGAUAACAAAUGUAAUUAUGGAGAAAGUUGAAAACUUAAGCAAUAAUAAAGAAGUCAAGAAAGUAAUAGACGCGUAUUUCAAAAGGAAUGACAACUCACUAAACGUAAAUGAAUGGGAAAUUCAAAAAAAAGACGAAGAGGCUGGCUCAAAACUAAUCAAAAACGAAAAAGGAAAAUUGUUAAGUAAAUUCGCAACGACAUACUAUUGGGGUAAAAAACUGCAGGUCAUUGAUCUUAGAGAGGAAUGUAAUUACUACAAAAUUCUUUCAAUGCUCAAAGCUAAAAUAAAAAUUUCAGAAAAUUAUUCAGCACGUUUUGACUGUGGCUCAGUUUAUAAGCUAAUAGUAUAUUUAAUCGAUGAUCAGCUUCAAGUGGUUGAUAAGUUUAAAUACGAAGAUACUAUGCCACAGUGGACCACAGGUGAAUGGAAAUCAGUUCAGCAUACAUUCUCUGUUAAGAAACCAGUUCGAUACAUUAUUUUCUAUCAUGCUGGAAAAGAUACGCAGUUCUGGGCUGGUUUCUAUGGUAGCAAAAUAACAAAUGGCACUAUUAAAAUAUUUAUCUAAUAAAAAUAAUCCUAUUCAAAUAUUUUCUAAUAAAAAGCACUUUCUUUAAAAAAAAAAAAAAAACAACUUUUCUUGCA